AUGAAGAUGGCGGCUCCCACCGCCAGCAAGGCAGCCUCCCUGGGCUGUAACAACAAGCCUCCGUUCCCGGAGCUGGAUUUCAGGUCGGGAGCUCGGGUAGAGGAAUUGAACAAACUCAUCCAAGAAUUCACCAAGCACGACCAGCGGGAAUACGACGACCAGAGAGCGCUGGAGAUUCACACGGCGAAAGAUUUCAUCUUUUCCAUGCUGGGAAUGGUGCAAAAACUGGACCAAAAACUCCCCGUGGCCAAUGAGUACCUGCUGCUUUCAGGAGGAGUGCGGGAAGGUGUGGUCGACCUGGACUUGGAUGAGCUGAAUGUCUACGCCCGGGGGACCGACUAUGACAUGGACUUCACCCUGCUGGUGCCAGCCCUUAAGCUGCAUGACCGUAAUCAGCCUGUGACUCUCGACAUGCGCCACUCCGCCCUGUGCCACUCUUGGCUGAGCCUCCGGCUCUUUGACGAAGGGACGAUCAGUAAGUGGAAGGGCUGCUGCACCAUCGUCGAUCACCUCAACGGCGCUACCAACUUCUUCUUCUCGCCGACCAAAGUGGCCGACUGGUUCUACGACUCCAUCAGCAUCGUCCUGUCCGAGAUACAGAAGAAGCCCCAGCGAGGGAUGCCCAAGGUGGAGAAGGUAGAGAAGAACGGGACCAUCAUCUCCAUCAUCCUGGGGGUGGGCAGCAGCCGCAUGCUGUACGACAUUGUCCCCGUGGUCUCCUUCAAAGGCUGGCCCGCGGUCGCCCAGAGCUGGCUCAUGGAGAAUCACUUCUGGGAUGGGAAGAUCACCGAAGAGGAGGUCAUCAGUGGGUUUUACUUGGUGCCCGCCUGCUCCUACAAGGGCAAGAAGGACAACGAGUGGAGGCUGUCCUUUGCCAGGAGUGAGGUGCAACUGAAGAAGUGCAUCUCCAGCAGCCUCAUGCAGGCCUACCAGGCCUGCAAAGCCAUCAUCAUCAAACUCCUGUCCCGGCCCAAGGCCAUUAGUCCCUAUCACCUACGGAGCAUGAUGCUCUGGGCCUGCGACCGACUCCCUGCGAGCUAUCUGGCUCAAGAAGACUAUGCAGCCCACUUUCUGCUGGGCCUCAUCGAUGACCUGCAACACUGCCUCGUCAACAAGCUGUGCCCCAAUUAUUUCAUCCCGCAGUGCAACAUGCUGGAGGCCCUCUCGGAGGAGACGGUCUUGCUCCACGCCCGCAAGCUGUCCUCCGUGCGCUCGGACCCCGCCGAGCACUUGCGCACGGCCAUCGAGCACGUCAAGGCGGCCAACCGGCUGACGCUGGAGCUGCAGCGGCGGGGCAGCACCACCAGCCUCCCCUCCCCACAGUCGGACGGCGGGGACCCCAGCCAGCCUGACGACCGCUUGGCCAAGAAACUGCAGCAGCUCGUGACUGAGAACCCGGGGAAGUCCAUCUCGGUCUUUAUUAACCCCGACGAUGUCACGCGGCCCCACUUUAGAAUCGACGAUAAGUUUUUCUGAGCGUUUUACAGACCUUACCCCCCGUCCUGUUCCUGGUUCUGAAACGCUCCUGCUGUGUCGUGUGGUUUGCGAGGCUGUCUUUCCGUUGCGUACAUAUCCAGCCUGCGUUGGGUCUGUUAGAACACCGGGGACGUUCCCUGGUUCUGCAGGACGGUGCCGGCUCGGAAAGAGCAUAUUACUGUUUCAUAUGCUGCCUCUCAUUUUUGUGGUGGGGGUUCACU